AUGGUUAAGGAAACUCGUUACUACGACAUUCUUGGUGUCUCUCCGACCGCAACUUUAAGUGAAAUUAGAAAGAGCUAUAAGAAACUGGCUCUGAAAUAUCAUCCAGACAAAAAUAGCAAUGACAAUGGCGAGAAGUUUAAAGAAAUUUCGCAAGCCUUUGAGGUUUUGUCGGAUCCUAAAAAACGAGAUAUAUACGACCAAGGCGGGGAGCAGGCCCUGAAAGAGGGUGGAGGCGGGGACUUUAGUUUCCACAAUCCGUUUGACAUCUUUGACAUGUUUUUUGGUGGUGGUCCUCGCUCCCGCGGGCCGCCCCGAGGUCGCGACACCGUUCACCCACUGGCCGUUACGUUGGAGGAAUUAUACAAUGGAUCAACUAGGAAGCUGUACGUAACGAGGAGUGUCAUGUGCCCUAAGUGCGGAGGUAUCGGUGGGAAGCCUGGCUGUGCUAAGCCGUGUGACACUUGCAAUGGCACAGGUGUUAAAGUGAAACUUCGCCAGAUUGCACCCGGUGUUGUCCAGCAAUCACAAACGAUUUGUAACGAGUGUAAUGGUGCUAAAGAAGUGAUUGCCUCAAAGGACCGUUGUCCAAACUGUAGUGGGAACAAAGUUGUAAGAGAGAAGAAACUUCUCUGUGUAGAAAUUGACAAGGGCAUGAUGGAUAAUCAAAGCAUUCGUUUUGCUGGCGAGGGAGAUCGUGUGCCCGGAAUUGAGCCUGGUGAUAUCAUAUUCAGCCUCGACGAGCAGCCUCAUGAUAGGUUUCAGAGAAGAAAAAUGGAUCUUAUCUAUACCAUGGUGAUUACGGUUGCUGAGGCUCUCGUUGGUUUCCGCCAUGUCAUAAAAACGCUUGAUGAUCGGCAAUUGGUUGUUGAAACAAAGCCUGGAGAGGUUAUUAAGCCUAAUGAACUGCGUUGUAUUCCCAAUGAAGGAAUGCCACGAUAUAAAAAUCCAUUUGAGCGUGGACGGCUGAUAGUCAAGUUCUUUGUUGACUUCCCUGAAUCUCUAAGCCUGCAUACAGUAGAGGCGUUGAAGGGAAUUCUUCCAGUUCCAAGUCAUGAGGAGAUCAGUCCAGAUGCCGAAUACUGUGAGCUUCAGUCUGUUGAGGAGUGCACAAAUCCCUCGAAUGAUCAUCAAGAAGCAUAUAUGGAAGAGGAUACUGAUGGUCCUCAGAGAGUGCAUUGUGGCACCGUAUAA